AUGGCUUACGCAUUGAAACAAGGAAUACAAGCAAAACUGGCCGCUGCUGCAAAGCCUCACAUCAAGUACCUAGUGUUGUCUUCAGUGGAAAGAAGACCAUUCGUUAUUCCAAACGUCUCCCCAUGUUCUUCAAGUGUGGCGAAGGCCGCAGCUUCUCAUAUCAGAGCAUGA